AGUUUAACUUUGAGCGCAGUGUUAGUAAGAAGACAUCCUAAAAGAAGUGGUUUUUUUCUAAGUGUUAAAUUGAACGCGUUUAAAAACAUUCUGUGAUAGUGUUAAAGUUUUGUAAUUAUGGAAGACUCAAAAACUGCAAUUAAAGCUAAGAUAUCCUUUAGCGUAGAAUCUUUAUUAUCUAAUCACAACUCAGCCAAUGAAAAUCAUCAAAUAGACGAUGAAGAUAUCGACGAUAGUAGAUUAGAUACUUCAAGUGAACGAUUAGACGACGAAGAUGAUGAAAAUAUUACCGUAGAUGACGAUGAUACCGACGGAAGGGAAAGUCUAAGUCCGAAUUCUUCACAUACCGUCAUUAUUCCGCAACCUCUGCACCCUUCUAUACCUAGAAUGUUACCAGGACAUCCCCAAUGGCCCUUUCAAUGGAUUGGACCCAACGGGUUUAGAUCAAAUUCUCCCCAAGCUAAUCUCCAAAACCUUACAACAAAUGGUGGUCCACCAAUAGUCAGAUGCGCCUUAAGAAAACACAAACCAAACAGAAAACCCCGCACUCCUUUCACCACCCAACAAUUAUUAGCGUUGGAAAAAAAGUUUAGGGAUAAACAGUACCUUAGUAUAGCUGAAAGAGCUGAAUUUUCGAGUUCACUGAGGCUGACGGAAACCCAGGUAAAAAUAUGGUUCCAAAAUCGUCGAGCAAAAGCAAAACGACUUCAAGAAGCAGAAUUGGAGAAACUCCGUCUAUCAGCCAGACCUCUUCUUCCACCUAGUUUCGGUUUAUUCCACGGCGGUAGCCCACUUGUAUCGCCCUUUUUGGCAGCUAUGGCACAUAGACCUCCAAAUUUUGCAUUUUCCCCUCCCAUGUUAAAUAUACCCCAGUGACCAACAAAUGAUUAAAAUUUAAAAAUUGUUAAAACGUACCUUGUGAUUUUCUGCAAAUAUCAAUUGCCAUUGAAAUCGGGUGGAUGUUAAAGUAUACUAGAUAAAUGGAGUGAUUUGGAAAAAAUGGCAAUUUCAAAAUAUGAUUGAAUCAGUUUUGGUAUACGAAUACCAAUAAAAGAUAUUUUAGCAUAACUUGGAGAUACUUUUAACGAGAAAUUUUUAUGCACAAUCAACCAAACGUUGAUGUAUCGUCUUUUCAAUUAACAAGAGAAGUUAAAGCUUUUCAUAAUAAUUAUACAUGUUACUUUGAAUUUUCAAAUAUCCAUUAAUAAUUACUAGAAAUAUCUCCAAAGUUCUAUGUUUAUUUCGAACAGUGAUAUGUUGCCCAGCAUUUUCUCUUCUGACUUUUUCCUUUUAUUGUUCAGUGCAAUCGUUGACGUGUUGGGCAGUUUCCACAGUUUCUGUAUCUACUUGUAUAAGACUGAUUAGCAAUUUUCUUUUUUGUAUAUUUUGUAAUUAUGUUUUUUUCCUGUACAAAGAUUUUAUUUAAUUUUAUUGUACAAUAAUGUAAAUAGGCAAAUCAAAAUAUUAAAUGUUUGUUUCUU